GUCUUUUUCGGAUAUGUAAGAAUUUAUUAAAUUUUUUUAAAAUUUAUGAAAGCCUACACACUUACGGUGCCUUUUCAUGCAGCGAAUGAUUUUUAGCGAGUAGCGAAUAAUUUUUAGCGAGUAGCGAAUAAUUCGCCGCGAAGUGGCGAAUAAUUCGCCACGAAGUUUGUGAGCGUCACAUCUGUAUGGUUGCAUGUCAACAAUAGAAAAUCUUGAAAUCUUUGUAAUGGACGCCGAGUCGGUUAUAAACUGGACUUGGUAUAACCACCAACUGCAGUGGUUAUUGCAUAUGUACAAUAUGUACAAUGAGCAAAUUAUUAUUAUAUUGUACAGAAAAGGAAAGCUGCUGCAGUUGCAGCUACACUUUUACAUUUGAGAAAAAGUGGAAAAAAAAGAUAUUGUAAAAAGAAAUAUUGGAUAGCACCCAUUUUUCAAGAAAGGAAAGUGCAUGGAUUCUUUCAUGCUGUGCUACCUAAACUCGUUUUAGAAGAUUUGAGAUUUAAUAAUUACAUACGCAUGUCUGCAACUCAAUUUGAAAAGUUAACAUUCUUAGUUGGAGCAGACACAUUCGCUCCUUGCGAAUAUUCGCUACGAGCUGAAGCUUUUCAGCGAACAGCGAUUACUCGCUAGCGAACAGCCAAUGAUCACGUGACCAUCAUUCGCGGCGAUUAUUUCGCUGCAUGAAACGGCACCUUACGGGCACACAUAUUUGUUCUAUACUAAAAUUUCGCUACGAGCCUCCAUCAUUUCCGGUUGAGAAACGAAGUAGUAAUACUACUCAAUGACACAGUGGUCAUCUUUACUCAAGUGUCAACGCCAUUUUCCUGUACAGAGGUUAAGUUGAGAGUCUUGACAGCAAGACAAGGCAACACAAGUUAUAAACGUCAGGAAGUUGGAUACAAUUUAAAACAGAUUGUAUUUUACACAAUAUUUAUUGAACAACAAUGGCCUCCAAAGUUACUUUCAGAAUAACUCUGACGUCCGAUCCGAACUUGCCAUACAAAGUGUAAGUGGCUGCUUGAGAUACGUUGUGCCUUAAUGUUUACAAUAACAUGCAAGCCAAUGGUUGUGAGAUUUUUGAGACUAUCGACACGUUUUUCACGUUAUUGCAAAGUCCAAUCGUUAGUGAACAAAUGACUGUGGAAAAUGUAAUGCAAGCUUUCACUUGUGCUCACUUCAUCGAACUUACCAUUGAAAAAAUACAAGCCGAAGAGAAAGCAUGGAUUUUUGAGAAGUAUUUACGCUGGAAGCCGGAGCGAAAAUUAUAUCCGCGAAAUCGGGACAUUACGUGCUCCGAUUUGGAGAGGGCCUGUGAUAAAUUAUUGGAGCGUUACUUGAAGGAUAGCCGUAUUUCAACUGAAGUAGUUGAUGAAUAUCUAAAAGUAUACAUUCAACACUUUGGCCGUGACAGAUUAAACGCUUUCCUGAAUGAAGUAAUGAGCAAGUCCAUUUCCACAAAUAUGAUCAUAGAAUCUUUGGAGGAAUUGGGAGUGCCAAUAUCUCACAUGGAAGAUGAGGCAUUAACUAUGUCAUGGCAGAUGGCAAUAGCUAACGGAGAUCAAAAUGAUGUAGCAAAGUGUAUAAAUAGUAUGUUAAAUGAUGGCCAUGUUUCAAGAUUGGUACAUUUAAUAAUUGAAUCACGUGACGAUAUAAUUAAACAAUUAAUUAUUGAUGCUUUUACCUCAAAAUUGAUUAACUACGAUUCCGAGAUAUGUCUUGCUUUUGUAAAUAUUGAAAAGAAAUUAUUUUUCAAAUUACUUCGGGACAAUACCCGUUUUUGCAUAGAUUUCAUUGAUACAAUAUUUUAUUUUGGCCGAAAUAUGCAUCUAGUAGAUGGAAAAUGGUGCUCAGACUUUAAAUUCCAGUAUGAACAUCUCCAUAAGAUGAUGGAGAGUUUACUAAAUGGCCCACGCAUGAUUCGUGAACAUGUACAUAAUAGACUGUCCACAGUUAAAACUCAGCCAGACAGUGAAAUAUGGUGCGAUAUCGAGACAGAUACCUUGCAUUGAUUUUUCCAAAGUCAAUGUGUGAUUUCUAUUAGCAUAAUAUUUUGUAUCACACUUUACAAUGUAACUUCUACAGAAAAAUAAAUAGUUUCUUUUGAAGUAAA